GUUUCUUUGUAACUCCAUUCUUCCAUCAGUACUUGGCGAGAGUUGCCAUCGGAGAUCGCGACUUCAAUGGCCUUGGCGCCACAUACAGAGAGCGGUGGCCAGCGUUGGCUGGUGGUCGACACCGAUGCAGGUGUGGAUGAUGCCUUUGCACUGUGCAUGGCCUUGAAGUUAGCCGAGAAAAGCCACUUUGUGCUGAAACUCAUCACCUGCUGCUUCGGCAAUUGCUCGGUGGAGCAGGUAGGUAUGAAUGUGGCCAAGUGCGGACCGAGUCCGUCACCUUGCCGGGCCCCGCUGCUAGUGGCGCCAAAAGCAACCUUGCCGGGUCUUCACGCCUGUGAGGUGCCUCCCUCAUUGAUUCGGGUGGUCCUGGGAGCCAGUGGGCCGCUGAAACAGCAGGAGGCCUCCAAUGCCACCCACUUCCACGGCAAUGAUGGGCUAGGGGACGCCACGCCGCCCUUGGACGCCGCCUUCCUGACUGCGAUCGGAGCCGUCGGCUUCGGAGCUGCGGUGACAGCCUUGCGAGAGCUUUUGGCAGUGGCGAAAAAGGAGGGCGCCGAGGUGACGCUCGUGACCCUAGGGCCGCUGACCAACUUGGCCUCGGCGUUGAAGGAAGAUGCGGAGCUGCCUUUGUUGCUGCAUGACUUGGUGGUCAUGGGCUGUUGCGGCAACGGCAGAGGGAACCACGGGCGUGUCACCGAGUUCAACAUCCAUGCAGACCCCGAGGCAGCCGCCGAAGUCUUUGCCAGGUCCUGGCCGCAGCUCACGGUGAGCAGUUGGGACUUGACGGUCUUCGCCACCGUGCCGUGGCCUCGCUUCGACCAGCUGCUCCGCUCGGAGACCCAGGUUGGCAAGUUUUUGGCAGCCAUCAGCCAGUUGCCGUAUGUGCAGAAGCGGCAGACGAGCUCCUGUAGCCGUGGCAGUCAUCAGAGCUGUUGGGCUUUCUUGGCUUCUUCGGUGCUGGAACUUUGUGCUCCAGUGCUGCGACACGUAGAGCAUCCGGCUGGCACAGGCUUCUGGCAGUUGCAAUCCCAACCUGGAGCCAUUAUUUGUGAUGCCAUCACAAUGGCCAUGGUGCUCCAACCAGAGAUAAUUUUGCGCAGUCGGCUGGUCCAUAUCGAGGUGGAGCUGUCAGGGGCCAUCACGCGUGGACAGACCGUGGUGGACUGGGGCACGUGCUUUGAUGGCGCUCAUCGUCCAAAGCACCUGCGCUGGGUCGAGGAGGUGGACAUGGAGCUCUUCUACCGGAUGCUCCGGGAGACCAUGACCUGACGCCGAA